AUGAAUUUUAGAAAGCAUGAAAGUACGGCUGAUUUAAUAGAUAGUAUAAUAAAUAGUGAAAAUGGGAAAGUUCAAAAAUACGUUUUAGAAAGAAAAAGAAAAGAGAAAGAAUUUAUAGAAAAAAAAGAAAAUAUAAAAAAAAAAGCCUUAAUGGCACCAAAACUAAAUCAAAUGUUUGUUAUUAAUAAAAAUGAUGAUGAUAAAUUAAUUAGCGAAACAAUUGGUCUUAGAACAGUUCAUGAAUAUAAAAAAAUAAAGGAUGAAAUUUAUAGUAAAAAAAGAAAUAAAGAUUUAAAUGAAAAUAUUGAAGAAAAUAAACAUAACAAAAAUAGAAAUUUCAAUUUGUCCUUUUGUACUGAUGAGGAGAAUGAUGAAGAUGAUGAAGAAGAAAAAGAAGAAAAAGAAGAAAAAGAUCAAAAGAGAAAAAUUCAAAAUUCAUAUAGCAAGGAUAAUGUAUCCAAUGAAUCUAGCUUAGAAAAAAAAAUAGAAAAUAGUGGAAAUAAUUCAGAAAAAAAUGUAAAAGAAGAUUUAAGUGAUAUAAAUAAUAAUAAUGAUAUAACAUAUAAAAAAGAAAAUAAUUUCAAAAAAAAAAUUAUUAAAGAUCCUACGGUGAAUACAUCUUUUUUAAAAGAUAAGGAAAGAGAUGAAAAAAUAGAAUUAAAAAAGAAAGAGUUAAGAGAAUUAUAUUUUAAAUUAGAAAAUGAAGAAAAAGAAAAAAUUAUAGAAAUAACCUAUUCUUAUUAUGAUGGUUGUGGUCAUAGAAGAAAGAUAUCAGUAAAACAAAAAACAACAAUAGGUCAAUUUAUUAAUAAAUGUGUUGAAAAUUUAAAGAAUGAAUUUAUUCAAUUGAGAUCAGCUUCUUGUGAAACCUUAAUUUUUGUAAAAGAAGAUAUUAUUUUACCAAAUUAUUUAACAUUUUAUGAAUUAAUUAAAAAUAAAGCUCAAGGAAAAACAGGACCAUUAUUUGUUUUUGAUGCAGUAGAAAAUUUAUCAGGAAUUACAGAUAUAAGAAGAGAAAAAACAGACACACACGCAGGCAAAUUGGUAGAAAAAAAAUGGUAUGAAAAAAAUAAACAUAUUUUUCCUGCAUCUAAAUGGGAACUUUAUAAGCCAUUAAAAACAUAUACAACUAGUUAUAAUGAUUUAUUUAAUAGUUUUAUAUAA